CUAAUCCUAAAUCUAAUUCCCCCCCUCCUCUUAUGCACGUGACACAGGAGAGCCUGCUUCGUGGGUGUAGGAAGAAGAGUGUGUGUGUGUGUGUGGUUUGGGAUAGAGCCUGAAUUGAGGAAGUCCAGGAGAACAGAGCACGCGCCUGGUUGCGCACGGCUCCUUUAAGACGCACGGAGGAGAAGCGGUGUAAAACAGAGCUCAGAGACACGGAGAUCCUGGGGCUGUUUCUUCGCGCUGCUGACGUCCCCCUGCUCAUUAUCAUCCGGGAAUCUGAUAACGGAUACCGAUUAUUGCCUCGGUGUGAUCAUGGUGUACUGAGGUUACCGGCUGUAGCGGUCAUGCAGUGAGUCGGAUUCGAGGUGAGUGCACUGCCAGGCCAUUGGCAUGGCCCAGGGAUGAAUGGUGACGGGGUGCCCGGCAGCCCGGAGCUCUCCUCAUGCCCGCUGCCCGACUGGAAGGAGUUCUGUGAGUUGCAUGCCCGUGCCUCUGCUGCUGACUUUGCCCACAAGUUCCGUCAGUUUGUCACAGAGAACCCAUGCUACGACGCACCAGGAGCUGAUGCCAGCUUCUCACGUCACUUUGCUCGACACUUCCUGGACUGCUUUCCUGCUGCCCUAAAUCAGGCACAUCAACCUGGCUCACCUGGCACUUCCUCAGCACCCAAGUACACAAUAGCACCUUUUGCAGGGAUUCAGGGCUGCCCACUUCCCUCCUACAACCACGAGCUCUACCAGCGCCGGAAGGGCACCGGUGCCUCCAGUGAAUCACUGGAUAGUAUGGACAGCGGAGGGGGUGGAGCCUCUGCAAGCUCCAUCCUCCAUGGGCACAGGGUGACCGCACUGGGCCAGUCACGAAGCUCAGAGGAUGUUUCUAUAGGUCACGCUAAGGCCCGUUUCAAGAAGGGCUUCUCGUUGAGGAACAUGAGCCUGUGUGUGGUGGAUGGGGUGAGGGAGAUCUGGCAACGGCGGGCACCUCCUGAGCUUGACAUGGUGGGCACUGGAGUCAGGAAGUCAAAUGGAGCUGAGGCAGGUGGACAUGAGCACUGGAGCCAGAAGCUGAGGUUGGCACGGGGCUUGCAGGGACACCGUGUUGAGCUCCUGGAGAUCCAAAGGGAGGGCAAUCUGCGCUACAUGGUGGCAGAUGAUACUAAUUGUAUGGGCACUGCUCAGUGGCAGAAGUGCAGGUUGCUGCUCAGGAAGACAAGAACCAGCUUGGAAAGUGGCGAGAAAUUCUUACUUGAGUUUUACGUACCACCAAAGUCCUCAAAGCCGAAAGUGAGUGUGCCUUUGUCCGCCAUUGUGGAGGUGAGGACCACGAUGCCUCUGGAGAUGCCUGAUAAAGACAACACAUUUGUGCUCAAGGUGGAAAAUGGUGGUGAGUACAUCUUGGAAACCAUUGACUCUCUUCAGAAGAACUCCUGGGUUGCUGACAUUCAGGACUGCAUAGAUCCUGGGGACAGUGGCGAUGACAUUGAGCUCACGUCAUGUCCCCAUGGCCAGUUGUCCAAAGAAUUCUCCAUGGUGGCCUCCUGCAGCUGUGAACUCCUGUCUGAAGGUGUACACCGGGGCCCUGAGAGGUCGUGUGCUGCAGCUGUCGAUCAUUACAGCACCCCUAGUGUCCGCUGCAGGGAACCACCAUUCACACAACACCCCUCUCAUGUGCCCUUAGAGCGUUUUCUGCAGCUCCCCGAGGCUCAGAGUACAAACCCAUCAUCAGAAACCGAGCAGGAUGCUACAACACAGCAAUCAGAAGAGAAUGGUCCUGGUGAAUCUCCUGUGGAGAUGGAUGUGGCUGCCACUCUCAUUGGUUUCCCAUGGUUCCAUGGGACUCUAUCACGUGUGCGAGCAGCCCAGCUGGUACUCGCAGGUGGAGUUCGAAGCCACGGCCUGUUUGUGAUUCGCCAAAGCGAGACGCGGCCAGGAGAAUAUGUGCUCACUUUUAACUUUCAGGGAAAAGCCAAGCAUCUACGGUUGUCGGUGAAUGAAAAUGGCCAGUGCUACGUUCAUCACCUCUGGUUUCAGACGGUGUGUGACAUGCUGAGGCAUUUCCACACACACCCAAUCCCACUGGAGUCUGGCGGCUCUGCUGACAUCACGCUGCGCUCAUACGUGCAGGUCCAGCGCAGUCCUUCAGAUGUUCCCAACGUCGCCACUCCUUCACGGGAACCCAGCUGCCGGAGUGAGGCGGCGCAGCCGAGUUUUCAUCUUCCUGGAGUUUCCCAGCUUCCGGCAACCCCUGUGCAUGACGUUCCACUCUCUUCCAGCUCCUCUUCCUCACCCACAGCCCAUGGAGGUCUCCGGAGCAGAAGCAACAGCUCUGAAAGACUGCUGGAACUCCCUGUGGGCACUGCAGAGGAGUAUAACGACAACGAUGGCACUCGGAGGACCAGAGCCGUGGAGAAUCAGUACUCUUUUUACUGAAAUCCAGCAAGACACCAACAGCAUGCAGACAGGAAAUAAAUAUGAUGACAGCUGCUCAUUAAGAAUCAACUUCUAAGUUUUAUUUGUUGCCAACCUUUUUUGAAUAAAGUACAGUAUUUCCUACAUAAAAA